AUGUGCUGUGAUUGGGGGUAUGCAUAUGACCCAGAAGUUAAGAACUGUACGAGAAGCAGAUACUGCAACUUAGAAUGUUCUACCCAGAAUGUUUCAGCAACAACAGUAGAGACAACACCCUCAUGGGUUACUUCAGAAAGCAAAGGAUUUUGUGAACUUCUCCCUGUCAGAGGAGAUCCCAGUAAAUUUAUCCACAGUGGGAUAAUACGAGAUUGUGCAAAGGGCACGAUUUUCCAAUCUUCUAUCUGUGGUUGUGGAAGUGACAAGGAUUUUAUACAAUCACGGUGUUCAUCGUUAGUUUAUUUGGAUUUUCAAGGGGAUAAAAUACAAGAUGUUUAUCAUCAAAGCUACGUCGAAGUAAAAAAUGUUAUGCGCAUGAAUUUUAGUGAACCAAAGGACGUUUAUGCAUUUUUCAACGGAAGAUCAUCAAGUAUACGAAUUCCUCGUUUCAGUGCAGUUGCACUUCGCCUUCUUACAAUACAAAUCAGAUUUUAUGCUCUGCCAUCUGGACCAAGAUAUCAGGUUUUGGUAUCUAAUUGCCGUUCUUCAGCGAAACCUACAGGGAUUAUAGAACUCCAAAACCAGACUCCUUCCGUAGCGAUCGUGGCUGACACCAAGGAUGAACAUCUUACACUACUGGGGUAUAGCGAGGAUUGGAGAGUUAGGCCUGCCAUACUAACGCUAUCUUAUAAGGUCCAAGCUUGGAUGAAUGUAGAAUUAUUAUAUGACGGCAGAAGUCUGGCAGGGCGAGUGACGUCAUUUAAUUCAGAUGGUUCAAUUUCGUUUGAAAGUCGAGACGAAACUGUUUUAUCAGGAAGCAUUGUAGCUCCAGAUGGUCCACUUGGCAUAGGAAUGUGCAAGGAAAAUCAAGAUGCUUUCUAUGGAUAUAUGGACAUGGUUCAAGUAUUUGACUGCAAUCCAUGAUCUCAACUUGAAGAAUUCCAAAACGUCCACUGAUUAUUUAUCUGUGUUUUACUUGUUAUUGUUCUAUUU